AUGGUUCUUCAAGAUCUUGGCCGUCGCAUCAACACGGCCGUCUCGAAUCUCACCAGGGAGCCCAAUCUCGACGAAAAGGCUUUCGAUGGCAUGCUCAAGGAGAUUUGCGCCGCUCUGCUCGAAGCAGACGUCAACGUGCGCCUCGUCGGCCAAUUGCGAAAGUCCAUCAAGAGCACCGUCAACUUCAAGGAGCUCCCGCCCGCCGUCAAUAAGAAGCGCCUCAUUCAGAAAGCCGUCUUUGAUGAGCUCGUCAAGCUCGUCGACCCCCACGCCGAGCCCUUCAAGCCGAAGAAGGGCAAGUCCAACAUUAUCAUGUUUGUCGGUCUGCAGGGUGCCGGUAAGACGACGACGUGUACCAAGCUCGCACGACACUACCAGGCGCGAGGUUUCAAGGCCUGUCUGGUGUGCGCCGAUACCUUCCGUGCCGGUGCCUUUGACCAGCUGAAGCAGAACGCGACCAAGGCCAAAAUCCCCUACUACGGCUCGUUGACGGAGACGGACCCCGCCGUCGUGGCGAGAGAAGGUGUGGAAAAGUUCAAGAAGGAAAAGUUCGAGAUCAUCAUCGUGGACACGUCGGGUAGACACAGGCAAGAGGAGGCACUGUUCCAGGAAAUGGUGGACAUUCAGACGGCAAUCCGGCCUGACGAGACCAUCAUGGUGCUCGACGCAUCCAUCGGUCAGCAGGCCGAGUCGCAGGCCAAGGCCUUCAAGGAGGCGGCGGACUUUGGAGCCAUCAUCAUCACCAAGACGGACGGCCACGCCUCCGGCGGUGGCGCCAUCUCUGCCGUCGCAGCAACACAUACGCCCAUUGUCUUCAUCGGCACGGGUGAGCACAUGCUCGACUUUGAGCGUUUCGCGCCGCAACAGUUUGUGUCGAAACUGCUGGGAAUGGGCGACAUGGCCGGGCUCGUGGAGCACGUGCAGAGUCUGAAGCUGGACCAGAAGGACACAAUAAAGCACAUCACGGAGGGAAUCUUCACGGUGCGCGACUUGCGGGACCAGCUCUCCAACAUUAUGAAGAUGGGCCCGCUAUCCAAGAUGGCCGGAAUGAUUCCGGGCAUGAGCGGCAUGAUGCAGGGCAUGGACGACGAGGAGGGCAGCGCCAAGCUCAAGCGCAUGAUUUACAUUUGCGACUCGAUGACGGAGAAGGAGCUCGACUCGGACGGCAAGAUGUUCAUCGAGCAGCCGACGCGGAUGACGAGAGUGGCCCACGGAUCGGGCACGUCGGUGCGCGAGGUCGAGGACCUGCUGACGCAGCAGCGGAUGAUGGCCGGCAUGGCCAAGAAGAUGGGCGGCAACAUGAAGAACAUGCAGCGCGCGCAGUCGGCCAUGGCCGGAGGAAACAAGGCGCAGCAGCUGGCGGCCAUGCAGAAGCGGUUGCAGAGCAUGGGCGGCGCCGGGGCUGGCGGCGGCAUGCCGGACAUGGGCAGCCUCAUGAAGAUGCUUGGCGGCGCCGGCGGCAUGGGCGGUGGCGGCGGAAUGCCCGACAUGUCGGCGAUGAUGCGGCAGAUGGGUAUGGGCGGCAUGGGCGGCAUGCCCGGCAUGCCUGGCGCGCCGGGUGGUGGCCGAGCACGACGAGGUUAG